CACCGAGGAGGGAAGAGAGAGCUCACACCCAACUCCAUGCCACUCUACAUCACUUACAAUGAUCGGAUUCGUCCUCUGCUCGACACCGUCGACAAACUACGCCAACUAAAAGUCAUGAAAGAAGGUAUUGAGCUCCCCACCAUCGUUGUCGUCGGCGAUCAAUCCUCUGGUAAAUCCAGUGUCCUUGAGUCCCUCGCCGGAAUCAGUCUCCCUCGUGGUCAAGGCAUCUGUACUCGUGUUCCUCUCAUUAUGCGGCUUCAACAACACUCAUCACCUGACUCUGAAUUUCACUUGGAGUAUCUCAACCAAGUUGUUCAUACAGAUGAAGAUCAUGUAGCUCAAGAUAUUGAAGAUGCCACCAUUGAGAUUGCUGGUACUUCUAAGGGAAUCUCCAAUACUCCUCUCACUCUCGUUGUGAAGAAGAGAGGUGUUCCUGAUUUAACCAUGGUUGAUUUGCCUGGUAUCACUAGGGUUCCUGUUCGUGGUCAGCCUGAAGACAUCUACGAGCAGAUUUCAGACAUAAUUAUGGAGUAUAUAACUCCAAAGGAGAGCAUUAUUCUCAAUGUCUUAUCGGCUACUGUGGAUUUCCCUACCUGCGAAUCCAUCAGAAUGUCGCAACGCGUCGACAAGACCGGCGAGAGGACCUUGGCUGUGGUCACUAAAUCUGACCAAGCUCCUGAAGGUCUUCUUGAGAAGGUGACUGCAGAUGAUGUCAACAUUGGGCUUGGUUAUGUCUGUGUAAGGAAUCGAAUUGGAGAAGAAUCAUACGAGGAAGCAAGAAGGGAGGAGGCAAGAUUGUUUCAAUCUCAUCCCCUGCUCUCUAAGAUCAACAAAUCAAUUGUGGGUAUCCCUGUUUUAGCUCAGAAACUGGUGGAGAUCCAAGCAACUAGUCUGGCCAAAUGCUUGCCUGACAUUGUCAAGAAGAUCAAUGAAAAGCUGAGUCUCAAUGUUUCCGAGCUUAACAAAUUGCCCAAACAUCUAUCCAAUGUUGCAGAUGCAAUUACAGCUUUUAUGCAGAUUCUUGGGUCUACAAAAGAAUCUCUCAGGAAAAUUCUCAUAAGGGGUGAGUUUGAUGAGUUCCCAGAUGAGAAGGAGAUGCAUAGCACGGCUCGAAUGGCGGAUAUGCUCAAUGGCUACUCCAAAGAACUACGCCAGAAGAGCAGAGACCCUGCGGCAAAGUUCUUAGUGGAGGAAAUUAAGGUGUUAGAGGAAGCCAAAGGGAUUGAGCUUCCCAAUUUCAUCCCGCGCACGGGAUUUCUCAGCAUAUUACAGAGCAGAGUGAAGGAAAUAUCGUAUACUCCGAUCGAAUUUGUUGAGAAGAUCUGGUCUUACGUCGGAGCUGUGGUUGUUUAUGUGUUGAUGUUCCACGCAGAUGGUUACCCGCAGCUUCAAUCUUGUAUGAGACGGGCGGUGCAGAAUCUGGUGGGGAAGAUGAAGGAUCAAUCUGUUGAACGAGUGAUGGAGAUGGUGGAGAUGGAGAAGCUCACAGAUUAUACAUGUAACCCAGAAUACAUGUCAAAAUGGAGCAAUUUGAUGGGACAACAAAAGAGAUUUAUCCAGGAAUUGAGCUGUUGGAAUAAGUUGAACUUAGAAGGCGUGGGUGAAGUGGAAGUUGAGCAUCUGAGGGAGUACCAUCCGGACCUGUUGGGAAAGGCAUUUGAUAUGAGAAUGAGAAUCACUGCUUAUUGGGAGGCUGUGUUGCAGAGAUUGGUGGAUUGCUUGGCUCUUCAUCUUGUGUUCAGUGUUCAGAAGCUGGUGAACAAAGAGAUGGAGAAGGAGAUAGUGGCUGAGUUGAUGGGACCUAGUGGUGGUGGGAUCGAACGGUUGCUAGAGGAAUCUCCAUCAAUUGCUACGAAGCGUGAGCGGCUCAACCAGAGUAUCAAGUUACUCAGGGAAUCCAAGGAGGUUGUAGGGAAGAUCAUGGAUCGGAUUGAUCCUCCCAUCAAUGACUUUGCUAAUCUGGGUCUCUGAAG